GCAAAAACAACUCUUUUUCCAUUGGAUCAGUCAUAAAAAAAGUGGAAAUGCAGUGAGCAGCUUAGUUGCUUGGUUUUUAGCAGCGAAAGGAAUACUCACCAAAGGCUUGUGAACAUUUCUGGAUAAAGCACUGGCUGGCUUAUUCAUCUUCGUAUGGUCAAUCGUGUCUCUGCAGGACCGAAGGAGCAGAUUGGUUAGUGAAGAAUGCUGUCAGAAGGGUACCUCAGUGGACUUGCCUACCAGAAUGACAUCCCCUGGAGUUGUGCGUCUUAUAAUGAGAACGUGGCUGAGGAAAAGGAAGAAGAGACUAACUCUGCUGCUCUUUGCUAUUCCUCUGUGGAUGAAACACAAGUCGGAAGUCUCUACCUGAGCUGCAAAUCCUCCAGCAAGUUCAUUUCUUCAGUGCAUUCAAGAGAGAGUCAACACAGUAGAAAUCACAGAAUCACAGUGCUACAGACAAAUCCCAAUCCUGUGUUUGAAAGCCCAAACGUGGCCGCAGUUGAAAUAUGUAGACACCCCAGCAGAGAGACCUUCUUGGUUCCACCUUCCUGCAAAAGUAUUUGCAAGAAUUACAAUGACUUACAUAUUGCAGGGGGCCAGGUGAUGGCUGUUAAUUCAGUGACCACAGAUUUUCUCUGCGAGAGUAGUUUUGAAUACGGCCCUUUGCUGAAAUCAUCUGAGAUUCCUUUGCCAAUGGAGGAUUCCAUUUCUACUCAGCCCAGUGACUUUCCCCAAAAACCUAUCCAGCGACAUUCAUCCUACUGGAGAAUAACCAGCAUCAAGGAGAAAAACAGCUUGCAAAUGCAGAAGCCUAUUUCUAAUGCUGUGCUGAAUGAGUAUCUGGAACAGAAGGUGGUGGAGUUAUAUAAACAGUACAUUAUGGACACCGUGUUUCAUGACAGUUCCCCUACCCAGAUUCUGGCAUCUGAACUCAUCAUGACAAGUGUGGACCAAAUUAGCCUCCAAGUGUCAAGAGAGAAGAAUCUGGAGACCUCAAAAGCCAGGGAUAUAGUCAUUAACCGCCUAUUACAGUUGGUGUCCACUGAAAUCAGUACUCCUAGUCUCCAUAUUUCACAGUAUAGCAAUGUGAAUCCAUAAUGGAGAGGAUGUUUCCAUUCCUCUUUGUCAGCUCUCACAGCUAAAACAACACUUCAUUCAGUUAUUCUGAGAAUGUGGAGGAGGGGUUUGGGAAGGAGUCAAGAGUUAGAGAAGUAAACAUUGGCUGAAGGUCAGGUGUGAAUUAAGAGGAAAUCUCAUAAUAUUACACAUGAGGAAGGAAUGUGGGAAGAGGGGCAAUAAAGAGUGCUUUCAAAGCCAGGGUUGUAUAGCAACAAAGCAAAAAAUAAAAAUGAUCAAAAAAAGCAAAGGUAGGAUUCAUUUCAAGGAGUACAGAAAUCGAAAAAGAAGACAAGCCAAAGAAGAACACACAUCAUGGCAAAAGCAAAAGGCCAAAAGUUUCAGAGUAAAGAGUUAGGAAUGUUUGUUACUCAUAAAGUCCCCCAAGUUGUUGUUUCUUGAGGGAAAUAAACUGUAGUAGGCUGCAAUAUUUGGGUAGAGAGACUGGUUCAAACAGUUUCAAAAUAUGUUUUUCUCUCUUUUCUAUUCUGUAUCAGUAGAUCACUUAAAAUUAUGUUCUCUAUAAACAUGAAAACAGUAACAAAUUGCAAUUGUGUUUUUAUCAUCGAAUGGAAUGGUUACUUAGAUAUAACCACACAACAGCCACUCAAAUCUCCUAAUUCUGUUUUCUAGUGGAGAUGAAAUUUCCUAAAUGGAAAAUAUCACAUAGUGAAUAUUAAACUAUUUUGAUUUUGCUAUGUAUGAUUUUCUUGGUGAUACACAGUUAGGAAUCUUAUUUUUUCUCAUAUUCUUCUCUUGCUUUUCUCCAUGCUCUCUCGACUCUUCUGGAGCCAGGAAGGGGUCUUCUGUAUCCUAAAGACAAGGUUGCAAGGUCUAGGGUCUGAUGAUAUCAAAUUCUGUAAAUUCAUGCACCAGAAUGGUGGCUUUGUGAGUGCUGCCCUGCUCUACCUCCUUCCUCUAGACCAGGGAUUGGCAAACUAUGGUCAUUGUUCCACUCUAGCCUGACA